UACCAAACAAAAAAGAGGGGAGAAAAGAAGCAAUCAAUGCAGACAUGCAUGGAAAACGGAUUGACCAAAUCACCACUCAGUAAACGAGUUUCUUGCCCUUCAACUUUAUUUGCUUCACACAUCUCAUCUCUUCUUCUUCCUCUACUGUUCAGCCAUUAUUAGUCUUCUGGGUAGUUGCAGCGGUUUUUUGCAGUGUUUAUUUCGACGAGAUUCUCAUUUUUUUUUUUAAAUUUGGGUGUUGGGUUUCUGUCAUUUUUUUUGUUUUUUUCAGUCUAUUUUGUGGGUUGGCAAAUUUGAAUUUGCAUUGCAAAUUCUUGACCUUUUUCGCACUGGGUAUCAUAUGACAGCUUUAGUUUUCUUUUUUUGGUUACUCAUCUCUUCUGUUUAAUGAUGAUGAGAUGAAGAUAAUGGCUUCAUUUUCUGAAACUAUUGCCAGUCUCAGCUAUUACUUUUAAAAAAGAAAAAAAGAAAAAAUUGAAUUCUUGAAAUUUUACUGUGGAGUGGCUCAAGAUUGGUGCUUUAUUGGGUGGCUUUGAAUCUGCGGCUGGAAUCUUUGAUGGGGUAGAGACAUUGGGGAUUCUUUGGAGUUUGAAUUGUGGGGAGGCUAAAGCUAGGGUUUUGGUGUCUUUAAUGGCAAAGGUUUGAAAACAAGCUGUGAAGCAGCAUUCAGAAAUUCAAAUUUGAAAUGCAUCUUUCACUAUGGAAACCCCUGUCCAAAUGUGCAGCCAUAAUUUUGGACAGGAAGAAGAUGAAGAAAGGGGAUGAUUCUGGGUCAGCUCAGCUCUCAAAGCCAAGGCCUUCUUCAAUUCUGAGGCAAUUGCAGGAGGCCAGAAUCAGGGAGGCUCUUGAAGAUGCCUCUGAGAAUGGGUCACUGGCAAAAUCUCAGGACAUUGAUGAUGAAGAGCCAUCAGAAAAUGGCAACUUUGGGAGGUCAAGGUCUCUGGCUAGGCUGAAUGCUCAGAAGGAAUUCUUGCUAGCCACUGCUCUUGCAGCCAACAGGACCUUCUGCACUGAAGAAGCCAUUCCUGAUUAUCAAGAAGCUUUCAAUAAGUUCCUGAUUAUGUACCCCAAGUUCCAGUCUUCAGAAAGGAUUGAUCAGCUGAGAUUGAAUGAGUAUAGUCACCUCUCCGAUUCUGAUGCUAAGGUAUGCCUUGAUUACUGCGGCUUUGGCUUGUUUUCGUAUUACCAAACUCUUCAUUUCUGGAAUACAUCUGCAUUUAGCUUAAAAGAAAUCACUGCAAAUCUGAACAAUCAAGCCUUACAUGGAGGCGCUGAAGAGGGCACUGUGGAGCAUGAUAUUAAAGUAAGGAUUAUGGAUUAUUUGCACAUUCCUGAGAACGAGUAUGCUCUCGUGUUUACUGUUAGUAGAGGGUCUGCGUUUAAAUUGCUUGCUGAAUUUUACCCUUUCCACACAAAUAAGCGGUUGUUGACUAUGUUCGAUCACGAGAGCCAAUCCGUGAAUUGGAUGGCGCAAUGCGCCAAAGAGAAAGGCGCCAAGGUUGGCAGUGCCUGGUUCAAAUGGCCAUCGUUGAAGCCUUGCUCUAGGGAGCUGAGGAAGCAGAUAUCGGUCAAGAAAAAGCGAAAAAAGGUUUCUGCAGUUGGGCUUUUUGCUUUUCCCGUUCAGUCUAGGGUUACGGGUGCUAAGUAUUCUUACCAGUGGAUGGCUUUGGCACAGCAACACAAUUGGCAUGUGCUGCUGGAUGCUGGUUCGUUAGGUCCCAAGGACAUGGAUUCGCUCGGUUUGUCCCUUUUUAGGCCGGAUUUCAUAAUCACGUCGUUUUAUAAGAUCUUCGGUUCUGACCCUACGGGGUUUGGAUGCCUUCUAAUUAAGAAAUCUGUUAUGACAGCCCUACAGAACCAGCCUGGCCGUACUGGAACUGGUAUGGUUAGGAUUGUUCCCGAGUUUCCUCAAUACCUAGGCGAUUCUUUAGAUGGUUUGGAUGGAUUGGUGGAAUUCGAAGAAGGAACAGAUAACGGGAACGAUGAAUUGGUGAUUGGGAAACCCGGAGGCUCUCAAUUACCUGCAUUUUCUGGCGUUUUCACGUCCUCACAGGUGAGAGACGUGUUUGAUACUGAGAUGGAGCUGGAUAAUAACUCGGACCGGGAUGGGGCAAGCACUAUAUAUGAGGAAGCCGAUAGCAUUUCAAUUGGGGAAGCCAUGAGAAGUCCCAUGUUCAGUGAGGACGGGUUAUCUGAUUACUCAUGCUGGAUCGAUUUAGGCCAGAGUCCUCACCACUCCGAUCUUUCUGGUCAAUUCACCAAAGAGAAACCGUUAGCACCUUUAACUCAGUCAUGGUUUUCAAGUCCGAAGGUGGGAUCAAAAGUUUCUCAGAGCAAAGUAUACGAUGAGAGGAGGGUGAAUGAAGAUCCUAUGAUUUCUUUCGACACGGCUGUCUUGUCAAUGUCACAAGAACCGAGUUCUAGAGAACCAUAUCUGACAAUACAAAAAGACGUUGGAAGAUAUGGUGGCAAAGACAUUCAAGAAGAGAUUGAAAUCGUUGAAGAAUUAAGCAGAGGUUCAGAGAGUAGCUCUAUCUCGAAUGGGUUGCGAGGCUUUCAGCAUUUCGAUCCCAAGACUCCCUGCACUCCUGAAAUCUGUCGAGGAAUAAAAGAAAACUGCAUAAGGAGAGAGACCGAAUGUGAUUUUCGAUUAUUAGGAAGAAGGGAACAAAGUAGACAAGGCGGAUCUUUUACCUUGAAUAAGAACCGAGAAGGAAGAUCACAUCACUUCCUUCGAUCCGAUGAAGCUUUGAUGACUGGCCAUGAUGAUGGUGACGGGCAAGACUGGCAGAGGAGGGAGCCCGAGAUAACCUGCACCCAUCUCGAUCACGUUGAUAUGUUGGGCCUAAACAAAACAACUCUCCGACUAAGGUAUCUGAUCAACUGGCUCGUUACUUCACUGUUGCAGCUUCACUUCCCCAGUUCCGACAACACCAUAGGAGCGCCUCUCGUGCAGAUAUAUGGUCCUAAGAUAAAGUACGAAAGGGGUGCAUCAGUGGCGUUUAACGUGAGAGACAGCAGUAAAGGCGGCCUAAUUCAUCCCGAAACUGUUCAGAAGUUGGCUGAAAAACACGGGGUAUCUCUUGGUGUCGGUAUCCUCAGUCACAUACAAGUGGUCGAUAGCUCAAAACAGCGCCAUAGAAGUCGAUGCCCCGAAGACAUAACCCUAUGCAGUAAACCAAUGUCUAGCGGUUGCCAUGACAACAAGAACCAACUCUUCCGGAUAGAGGUGGUUACAGCAUCGCUUAGUUUCUUGACCAACUUCGAAGACGUUUAUAGAAUGUGGGCGUUUGUGGCCAAGUUUUUGAACCCCGUUUUCAUAGAAGAAGCUGACAGACAAUCAGAAGAUUUUGAAGAGACAGACAUAAUGUAGAGAUAGAUAGAGUCUGGCAAUUCAAGUGGAUGUAUGUAUUCUUCAGAUUCUUAUUUUUACUUGUUGGAGAUUUCGUUUUUGCAGCCUUGUUUCAGGAAUUCUUUUGAUAUACUUAGUCUGCUACUUUGUGAGUGGAAAUUGUGAGAAGUUACCUACAACUAUAUACUAAAGCUUGAGUUUUUGUGAUUCUUCUUA